AUGGACAUGGCCAUGACAACGCCCCCAGGGAGGAGAAGGCGCCCACAGGCGUCACCGUUGCCUGCAGCCAAAGCCGCGCAUAAAUUUCUCCUCGGCCCUGUCAGUCACGUCUUCGGAGCACAGCAAACUGAAGGGGUCGGGGCAAAGCUGUCACCUUGGGCCAUCACCGUGAAUAGGGAGCCAGAUGCCGCCGUGCCGCUGCCCACACACCACCACGCAGCACAACGGGCGCGUCCACCUCAGCCCCUGGUCGCCGCACGAGUAGCCAACCAUGAAACCUCCAGAGGGAGACCAGGGGAUCUCGUAACCGCCACCAUCCACACCACGAGCAACAGACCGUCGCCGCCGCGAAGCCACAACAUCGCUCCUACGCCUCCCGAAACCAGCCUCGCCGGGAAGCCACCACCACCCACCACUACUGCCAGCAACAAGACAACACCACACGUCGUCGAGCCGCUGCCAGCAAACCCAGCGCACGCCAGGUCCUCCCUGAGCAACGCCGCCACGCCGCCGUCCUCGAUCCGUGGCACGCCGCCACCACCACGGAUCAGCGAGCACUAG